AUGCACGCUCCGUCAAUGAGAAGCCAGCGCGGCUCGGCGCAGCAGCGCCCUGUGAGCGCCAGCAGCGGCCUCCCGCCGAGGCGCGUGCGUGUCGCAGCUCGAGCCGCAGACGCCAAGCUCACGGCCCCGAGCAGCCUGCCGCAGCCGGAGCAGCAGCUGCCCCCCCAGGCCGCAGAGGAGGGCGGCCGCUGCCCCUUCCUCGCCGCGCUCCCGUCGCCCCCGCCGGCCCAGACCCCCUGGUACAAGCGGCUCGGGCAGCUCUUCACGCCGGCAGAGUACAGCCGCGAGGCGCUGGGCCCCCACACAGUCGUCGAAUCGCCGGCUCAGCUGGGGCUGCCCAACCAAUACAUCAUGGGGCGCGCCGAGUUCGUCAAGGCGGUGUUUUCGGGGGAGGUGGAGGGCGGCAUCACCACCACCGCGCCGGCGGGCCUCGUCAGCAGCCGCCAGCUGCUGGGCAGCGAGAACAUGCUCAUGGUCCCUGAGCCGCGCCACAGCUACCUGCGCAAGCUGGUUAUGCCGGCCUUCACCAACGAGGCUAUAGAGAAGCUCAUCCCCCGCAUGGAGGCCGUGCUGCGGAAGCACCUCGACAGCUGGGCCGACGCGAGUGGCACCAUUAAGGCCCACGACAUGCUGCGCAAGAUGACGUUUGAGUUCAUCAUCGCGGUCGUCAUGGGGCGGGACUACCCGCAGGACACCAUCACGCGCCUUGCGGAGAACUACGCCGCAUGGACCAAGGGUCUGCUGGCCUGGCCGUUCAUCGACCUGCCGUUCACGCCAUUCGGCAAGGCCCUGCGCGCGCGCCAAGAGCUGCUGGACUUCUUCCAGGCGAGACGCAGCCCGCCCUUUUAUGCACCCCCUCGCUAG